AUGGAAGUAGAUGAAGUCUUUCAGGUUGAAGAACGGUUUGAGUCACCCUUUACUGUAACUCAUGUGGAAAGAUUGUGCCUAGCCUCAACUAUAAAUACGUAUGAGCAAAUAUCUGAUGAAGAGAAUGAGAGAAUUGAGGAGGAAGACGAAGAAAUGGAAGAUUUUGAAGACGGAGGUGAAGAAAACGAGUUUUAUUAUUCAGAAGAAGAAUUUGAACAUGAAUAUGAUGGGGACAAAUGUUGCAGUGCCAACACUUCUUCUAGCAGUGUGGGGCAUAGGAGUGGGGGAGGGUUAUCCCCUAAUUCUACAGACGAGCCACAUUUCAGGACAUCACUCAUUUUGAUCGAUAUGCUGAUAGUGACAGGAGUCGCAGACUCCAACAGUCAGGGUGCCAUCAAUGAACAAACCGACAUGGCUAAUCCUUUAGUAGACUUGGCUGGGAUUCUUCACCAUUAG